CUUCUUCUCUUCAUUAUCUGAAAUUUUCAGGUUUCAGUUCGUCACAGGAGACAGGAUAAUUUAGGUCAAGAUGUUGUCGAUGAAAUAGAGGAUGCUAGAGAGGAGUUUAUUGAUGAACUGGACACUGCUAUGACAGAGCUAGUGGCUGGAGUCACAGGAGAGUAUUUGGAGGACACCACUGAGGUUAAGGAGGCCAAGCAAGAGUUCCUGGGAGUCUUUAAUCAAGCUCUUAACGGAUUCAUCAAAAAAGUUUUUAUUGAGGACACUGCUGAUGUAAAAGCUGCCAAAGAAGAUUUUUUCAAGGUGUUUAUUGAUGCUACCAACGGACUAAUCAAAACUGUAGAAAACUUCUACAUUGAAGAUACCGAGGAAGUGAAAGCAGCCAAGGAGAAGUUCAACCAAGGGUUCAAGGAUGCUGAAGCUGGGAUUGUUGGGGCUCAGUAUAUUCCAUAUACUCCUGAAGUUCAAGCUGCAAGGGAUCAAUUUUUCAGAUUCUUCGAUCUAGUUGUGAACGGCAUGUUGUACAAGUUGGCGCCAAAACCUGUUCCCAUACAGUACAUUCAAGAUACAGCUGAUGUAAACAAUGCAAAGAAGGAUUUUCUUCAACUUUACAGGUCAGCUCUGGGGGGAGAUUUCAAAUCAGCUUUAACUGUUGUAGCAUUAGAGGAAGCAAUCAAGUAAGUUUUUCACAAUUUUAUCUACAAUGAGAACAAAAAAACU